UCCAUUGUUCGUCUGAUACACAACAAGAGUAGGUGAAUAGAGGUAGAAUGUAAGUUUUAGACAUGUCUGUACAAGUGUGGAUUGAUUUCUGUGUCUGUACACAUGUAGGUCUCUUAGUCCGUCCCUCCAUCCAUCCAGCCUUCCAUCUGUCUGUCCAUCCCUGAAUGUGAUUAACAACCACCAGUCCUUGCUGUCCAAACAGGGUGCAGAUGGGGAUGGUCGGUAUGGAGGCUAACACAUUCUUACUGCCACGUGCUCAGCUCCUGCUGUUUUAAUUUGCCAUUUAUAGUUCAGUGUUUGCUUAAUGCUUCAGCAAGCGUAAUCAAACUGGUUCACUGGUGAUUGUAAAAGGGCUUGUGGUGGAUUAGGGAUCUCAACAAGGGGUCAUUAUUCGAUGGUCAGGAAUUAUAAUUAACUCAUCGGCCCUUGUAUAACUGGAGUAGGGUGAGGAUUAAGGGGUCAUUGCAAAGGGUCGGUAUAUGAUGGUUGUGGCUUGCAGUAGCUUAGAGGACCUUGUAUACUGACAGGAGUGGGACCAUGUUUAGGGAUUAGUGCAAGGGGUCAGUAUUUGAUGGUCAGGAAUUAUAAUUAACUCAUCAGCCCUUGUAUAACUGGAGUAGGGUGAGGAUUAAGGGUCAUUGCAAAGGGUUGGUAUAUGAUGGUUGUGGUUUGCAAUAGCUUAGAGGACCUUGUAUACUGACAGGAGUAGGACCAUGUUUAGGGAUUAGUGCAAGGGGUCAGUAUUUGAUGGUCAGGAAUUAUAAUUAACUCAUCAGCCCUUGUAUAACUGGAGUAGGGUGAGGAUUAAGGGUCAUUGCAAAGGGUUGGUAUAUGAUGGUUGUGGUUUGCAAUAGCUUAGAGGACCUUGUAUACUGACAGGAGUAGGACCAUGUUUAGGGAUUAGUGCAAGGGGUCAGUAUUUGAUGGUUGUCAUUUGCAAUAGCAUAGGGAACCUUGUAUAAUAACUAGAGUAUGCUGAGUAUUAGGGAUUAGUGCAAGGGGUCAGUAUCAGUAUUUAAUGCUUGUAAUUUGCAAAAUCUUACGGGGUCCUUCUAUAGUAAGUAGAAUAAGUGGUGGAUUAGAGAAUAAUUGCAAGGGUCUGUAUUUAAUGGCAAUGGACUGGAGUGAGCAGAGGGUUGGGAAUGAGGGCAAGGGGUCAGUAUUUGAUAUACAUGAUACACACUAGCUUAUUGAUUCUUGUAUAAUAACUGGAAUAACCUGAGGAUUAGUGGGUCAAUAGUGUUUGCAAUAUUUUUAGUGAACCUCGUAGUGACUGUAGUAAAUAGUAGAUUAGGGAUUAUUGCAAGGGGUCAGUGACUCAUAACAGCUUAUCAGUCCUUGUAUAGUAAUUGGGGACAGCAGUGGAUUAGUGACCAAUCAAGGUGUUGGUGCUUGGUUGAGGGUAUGCAACAACCCAUGAGAUGUUUCAUGACAGCUGAAGAGAACAGUAGGGGGUCAUCAAGGAUCCAAAAAAGGACCUAAACCCCACUGUCUUGUUGGAUCUUGUACAGCAAAGUGGAAACUACCGAUGAAUCAGAGAUUGCAGAAUAGGAGUCAAUACCAGAUCAAAGGCCCCAGUGACAGAAUAUAGCUGAGUUAUUGGACCUAUUACCAUGACAACAAGGGAGCACAACUACACCAGCCAUUACUACAGUAACUAGAAGAGUAACUGAUGUUGUGAAAGAAGUCUGCAUUUGUCCAGAAUGAGGGCUGUCACUGCAAGGAAGAUCAGAUCUCCUCAGCCAAAUGAUCUGAAGCGGAAGGAUACAUUCCAAGGCCCGGCCACACACAGAGGAUGUACCGACGUAUUUUUCUUGGUCCUUAGUGCAGCUUUCCUUGGUGGAAUGAUAUAUGUAUUCUAUUUGUCACUGUUUUAUGGCUGUCCAUACCGUCUCCUCUAUGGCAUCGAUAGCUGGGGAAAUACUUGCAAUCUGAAGAAUGAAAAGAUUCCCAGUGUCCAUUAUUCAGGAUUAGACACAACACAUUUGACGUACCUAUUUACAUAUACAAACCAAAGUUCGCAUGUAGAGGAGACCGUCUGUGUGAAGGAAUGUCCACGGCAAAUAAUCAGAACCCAGAAAGAACUGGUGAACUUCACAGAGGAAACCGGUUCAAACCUCUGCCGCUAUGAUGGUUCUGUUUGUCCCACUCUACCCAUUGCAGCUACGAUUCCACUGUUCCACCGAUGUGUCCCAUUUGAAAAUGAAAUCAAUAAAGUUGUCAGAGCUUUGAACGAUGAUGUCUUUCGUAAAAUUGCUGUUGAUCUCGAAACCUCCUGGAGGGAAAUAGUUUAUAUGGGUCUGUUGUCGAUAGCCCUGUCCAUAAUCUUCCUGGUUAUAAUGAGAUUUUUGGGGGAAUAUAUAGUUUGGCUUGUGGCUGUUGUUGUAGCUCUCACCCUCCUGGGACUUGUGAUUUUCUGUUGGUAUCAAUAUUAUGCUUUGCAGAGAGGUGAUAAGGCUGCUGUUAAAGUAUCCAAACCUGCGGAUGAACCUGCGUUGUGGCUUUUUGUCUCCCUCUUCAUGUCAGUGGUAACUAUAAUAAUCAUACUGCUCAUCAUAGCAUUACGCAAGCACAUAUCUUUGGUCAGUCAACUUUUCAGGGAAGCUGGUAAGGUUGUGACCGAUAUUCCUCUACUGAAUCUGCUACCAUUUGUGAUUUUUUUCAUUAUGUUUGGAGUUUUGUCCUUCCUUGUCUAUAUUUAUAUAUCAAUUGAAAGUUCAGGAAACUUAGUUGUUGAAGAGAAAACACAUUAUGUCCACCUUGAGGAGAUCAAAACCUUAACCUACAUGAAAUGGUACCACAUCUUUGGAAUAUUUUGGAUCAUCAACUUCAUCACAUCUUCCAGGGAUUUUGUGAUUUCAAGUUCUGUAGCCAUUUGGUAUUUCACACGAAACAGAGCCACACUAAAACACCCGGUUGUCCUCAGUAUUAUCCGACUGACACGGUAUCACCUAGGGUCAGUGUUGUUUGGAUCGCUCCUGAUCGCCAGUGCAUCCAUGUUUCGGCUUAUUAUGGAAGUUAUUGAUUCAAGAAGUAAAAGUAGAACCAAUGCUGUGAUAUCCUUCUUGACCAAAUGUCUCAGAUGUUGCUUGUGGCUCUACGAGAAAAGCAUCAAGUUCAUCAGCAAGAAUGCCUACACUGAGAUGGCUAUUUAUGGUCACAACUACUGUACGUCAGCCAAAAUGGCCUUCUAUGUCAUCCUCAACAAUGUUCUGCAACUGGCUACCAUCAACUCUGUUGGUGAUUUCCUUUUGUUUCUCGGAAAAAUUGCAGUAAUGGCAGUUUGUGCUAUUAUUGGGCAUGAAUUGAUAAUGGAUUGCGAAAACCUUCAUUACAUGUGGGUACCAAUGUUGGCCAUUUGUAUAUUGACCUACUUUAUAGCCAGCUGUUUCUUCUCUCUUUACGAGACAACCAUUGAUAGUCUAUUUGUGUGUUUCUGUGAAGACCACCUAAUCAAUGAUGGACAAAGCCGGCCAUAUUUCAUGAAUAAAGGACUAAUGAGCUAUGUGAAAAACAGCCAAGCCAAGAUGCAAGCACUUAACAAACCUACCACAUCUGUACAGUCAACAUGAUAUACUCAGACCCCCAAUUAAUAACUCUGGACCUAACGAAUAUUGGAAUGUGGAUUAUUAAUCUGUGAUGUUUUAAAUAUUUCAACAGUUUUUUUCCUAUUGAAAUAAAAGUGAUUUUGUUUGUUUUUUUUUUACUUUUGUACAAAUA